AUGACGAUGUUGAUGGCCUGGACUUCGAAUCGAUCGAUCUUGAUGAUGAAGAACCGCGUCCGAGACACUUCAAACAAACAGGAAAGCGCAAGGCCCAACCCAGUCACGACAAUGACGACGCAAGAAUGCCCCGAGCAGUGCGCCAACGACCCGGAUUGGAAGAGUCAAGUGCGCCGGAUGACCUCUCUUCACGUCGAGCCAACGAAGAUGAAGAAAGGAAGUCGGAGGAACAACAUGACACACCGACUUCCUCCGCGUUUUGGCAUGCGAGUGCAAACGCCGUCGAAGCAGCGGUCGAUUUUUUCGGAGCCGUCGACAUUUGAAGAAGCAGUGUCUGGCCCGGACCAAGUACACUGGCGCAAGGCAAUUGAUGCGGAGCUCGAUUCGAUGAAGCUUCGCGGUGUCUUUCGUGCGGCCAAGUUACCCAACGGACAAAGCGCCAUUGGCACAAAGUGGGUCUUCAAGAUCAAGCGCAAGGCGGAUGGGUCGAUCGAGAAAUACAAGGCACGACUUGUGGCCAAGGGUUUUCGCCAAAAGUAUGGCAUCGACUACACGGAGACGUUCUCGCCCGUGGUCAAGUAUGUGACGCUGCGAAUGGUCAUCGCCAUUACCAAGCACUUUGGAUGGCCCCUCGACCAGCUCGAUGUGGUGACUGCGUUCCUGUAUGGAGUGAUGAAGGAGAAGGUGUUCUGCGCUGUUCCGGAAGGCGUCAAGAUGGAAGGUGAUUUCGAUUGUCUCGAGCUGAUCAAGGCGAUCUACGGUCUCAAGCAAGCCUCGCGUGCCAUUGUGUUUUUUGUGCUGGUCUACGUGGACGAUGUCUUGGUGACUGGAAGCUCGCUCGAGAUGAUUGCGCGCACCAAGAACGACCUCAAGACACGCUUCGAGAUGACGGACAGCGGCAAGUGUGCCUUUGUUCUUGGGAUCGAGUUAUUGGACGGUGAAGAUGGCAGCGUGACUAUGUGUCAGCGCCGUUAUGUCGACGAUGUCCUCAAGCGCUUUGGAAUGGAUGAGUGCAAGGCUGUGGCAAGUCCGGUGGACGUCAGCUCUCGACUGGUUCCGAGCAACUCUGCAAGCAAGGUGGAUGUCCCAUUCCGUGAAGCAGUGGGUGCUUUGAUGCAUCUGACGACUGCAACGCGACCGGACAUCGCCUAUGCUGUAAGCUUUGUGUCACGGUUCAUGGAGAAACCCCAAGAAGAACACUGGGUUGCAGUCAAGCGCAUCUUCCGCUACCUACAAGGCACCAAGAUGCAUGGAAUCUGCUACAAGCCAAGUGCGAAGAUCGACUUUCGUGGCUAUUCAGAUGCAGACUGGGCCGGUGACCUUGCUGAUCGCAAAUCGACGUCCGGCUACGUCUUCAUGCUAUUGGGUGCUCCGGUGAGUUGGGGCAGCAAGAAACAGCCAAGUGUGUCACUGUCUACAAGCGAAGCGGAGUACAUCGCGCUCAGCCUGGCGAUCCAAGAAGGCAAGUGGAUCAAUCGCUUGCUGUGCGAGAUCAUGGCGGCUGCAAACGAAGAAGGACCCGAGCUCGUCAUCCGUGAAGACAACCAGUCGUGCAUCAAGAUGACGAAGAAUCCUGUCAGCCAUGGCCGUGCCAAGCACAUCGACAUCAAGUACCAUCACAUCCGUGAUGAGGUCAAGCGCGGCGAAGUGAAGCUUGAAUCCUGCGAGACGACGUUGAUGUUGGCGGACAUCAUGACCAAGGAACUUCACGGACCGCGCCACAAGGAGCUGACACAGGCGCUUGGCAUCCGCACGUGUUUGCAUUGA